UCGAAAGUUGGUUUCUGUUCUUUUGAAUUUUUUAAUAAUAGUCGCAUCCGAAGAGACGAGUAAAGAUAGCCCUAAGGACAUAAUCUACUCAAUUUCGAUUAGAGCCCUGUCAGAGCUCCGGGAGAUUGAAAAUUCAUAUAUGGAGCAUUUGACCAACUUUGCUAGCUCUCUGCAACAUAAAGUAGAUGUACUCAAAGUGUUUAUUGACUCCGUAACGUAUGAAUCUAAUGGGGGAAAAGCGGAUCGAAUUCGUUAUGUGUCCAAUCCCUUAAAUUUCUUUCGACUUGUGAGGCGAACUCAUGAAGAUUGGUCAAAGUUGAUUACAUUCAUAAGAGAUCAAAAAAGCGUUAAUGUUCACAUUGAGGAAAUGCAUAAACUUGUGAAUCGUACCCCAAACUCAGAGGAUAUGCAAGAGGCCUUGUUGGGAAUGGAUAGGAUAGAACAUUUCUAUGACCUCAAGUCUUCGGAUAUGGCCAAUGGUCUUGUGUCGGACCAACAACUCCAAACCCAAAUGUCAUCACCUGAUUGUCUGGUUUUAGCAGACUAUUUGUACAGUCAAUCGGAAUUUAGACGGGCUGCCCAGUGGUACCGACUAGCAUUGAAUGCUAUAUCGGAGCCCCAGAAUAAUAUUUUUUGUCAGUUUUACGUUCCACAACGAGAAAAGCUCCGAAAAAUGUUUGUCAUGAGUCGUCUUCAAGAAGGUUCCGUCGACCACUUAAGUGACUAUAUGAAAGAACUAUCCCAAGACCCUGGGCUUCCUCUGGUCCAUUUAAAGGCAAAGCCAAUUGCCACGGCCGUGGAACGUGGAUGCAGAGGGAAGUUUCCACCAGGUCCUCAAUUGCAGGAGGAGAUCAGCCGGAACCCGCUUAUCUGGCUAUACCACGAUGUGAUUUAUGACAGCGAGAUCGCUCAAUUAAAGAACUUGACCCGGGAUGAGAUGAUCCAGGGUAUUACUGAUAACUAUACAACCCCGGGCAAAGCAAGUCGCCUUUUUCACCUCAAAGCCACCGACGACGAUGGCGGAAAGUUGGACAAAGCGUUGGUAAAUCGUAUGGCGGAUAUAUCGGGUCUGGAUGUCGGCAAUACCACAUCAUUGGCUAGAAUCAAUUAUGGCCUUGGCGGCUAUUUUCCAGAGCACAGUGACUACACGGACCUCAAGAUGCAUCCGGAACUGAUCGAGGAGGGGGAUCGAUUAAUAACGUUUUUAUUCUAUAUGACCGAUGUCCCAGUUGGUGGUGCCACCAUUUUCCCCGAAGCCGAAAUUGCCAUACAGCCGAAGAAGGGAUCUGCUCUUUUCUGGUACAAUCUCCACAAUAAUUGCGAACCGAAUCCGUUGACCAGACACGCCGUUUGCCCCAUGACUGUGGGCAGCCGAUGGGUUUUAGUCAAGAGCAUGCUGAACUAUGACCAUAUGUUUAAAAAGCCUUGCUACAAGUAGAACACCCCAAAAACACAUGAAUUAAAACCUUUCCGAUUUUAAAGCUACACUUUAGUUUUAUUAGGUCAAAUGCAAAGGAUA